AGUUUCGCUGACUGUCUCCUUGUUUUCGAUUCUAUCCAUAGCUCUUGUAUCUCCAGCAUCAUGCUUUCAGAGUAAUCACAAUUCAUUAAAAGUUACGCGUUGUAAUAGCCACAUUCGAUAUGUGUCUUUGACCUACUGCUCGUCCUCGCAACCCGAUUGCGAUUGUGUGCAGAUAUUAACACCUUUUGCACAUGUUCCUCAUGGUUUCUUCAUCGUUUUGACUCUCUGAACAAGAUGCAUUUGUAUCAAAAUAUCUUCAUCUUACUUGGGAUAGCAAGUUUUUUGGUGGAUGCCACCAAUAUACCCGUCAUAAGAAGACAGGAUGUUGCGACAACAACACGCGGACAGGCUGCGUUUGCACAUACGACAACGCAGCCAAACACCUUGGUCACAUCGAUAGCCACUGCAACUGAUGGACUCCCCGCUACUCUUUCAACAACAAUGCUUGACUUGCAUACAGAGAUAUCGGGUGCUGUUCCCACCUCAGCCUCCUCACCAUCGAAUACUAGCAGCAGUAUAUCUAAUGGAAAUGAGAUGCCGAUUCACCCAAUUAUCACGCCUGCUAUUGCCAUAGCUGGCGUGGUCUUGAUUCUUACUGGUAUGGCUUACAACUUGAUAGGGAUCAAGAACCUAUGGUUACAUGUUUUUCUAUCCGCGGCAUUUCUUACAAGUUUAUCUAUCUUUGUCUUGAUAGAAUACGUAAUGAGUCCUCCGGUUUCAAAUGGGGUCCAGGGAGCAUAUUUUGUCGCCAUAUUCUGCACCGGGACUAUAUUCGGCGGCCUUUCCCUAAUCUUUAAAGAACUAACAGAGGGUCUUGGCUGUCUUCUCGGCGGAUUCUGUCUUAGUAUGUGGUUACUCUCACUGAAGAGUGGAGGUCUCCUGACCAGUACAAGCAGCAAAGGUGCCUUCAUUGGUGCAUUUUGCGUAGUUGUAUAUGCUCUUUCAUUCAGUUCUUAUACACGGCCUUAUGCAUUGAUUGCAUCUACUGCAUUUGCUGGUGGCACUGCAGCUAUUCUUGGAGUGGAUUGCUUUAGUCGAGCAGGGCUAAAAGAAUUCUGGCUUUAUAAUUGGGGCUUGAACGACAAUAUAUUCCCACUGAACACCACGACAUAUCCGCUGAAUAGAGGGAUCCGAGUUGAAUUAGCCGCCAUCAUCGUGAUAUGUUUGUUCGGCCUUUUGUCACAGUUUAGACUGUGGAAGGUAAUCAGAGAACGGCGUCAAAAACAGGAAGAAAUCUUGGCGGAAGAAGAACAAAAGAAAGACGAAAUUGAAAUCGAGCUCGGCCGGACGAUUGAGGAAAGAAAAAUGCAGGACCUGGCUCGCUGGGAAGCAGUAUAUGGAGAUCAUUCCAAACGUGGUUCUACAGAAGCAGGAGCAUCGACCUGCGGGUUUCAUCGAAACUACUCGGCCCCAGAUAUCCUGCAAAAACCUUCGGAGAUUUCCGUGGAAAUGGUGACUAUGUCUAUACCAGGUUAUAAUACACCCUCGUCACCCGAAAGGAACGAAAGAGAGGGAGAGAAUGUACAGCAUGAUAGUGGUAUGGUCGAUGCAGAAACUACCGAUGGACGAGCUGUUGCCUCUAGCGUCAUCGAAGAAUUGCAAGUUGAGAAGCCUGAGGCUCGUGAGAGUGUUGAUACAGCAAGGGAUUGUGUCGAUGAAAAGAUAGAGGGCGAACCUACAAGAGCGCCGACGCCUUUUCAAUUCUUCAAGUCGCCUCCUUUCAAUAUUCCAUCCCCAGAAGAAAGAAGAAAUGGCGACGACGAUCAGUCAGUCCAAGCGAUCGUAGAUGAUGGUGACUCCAUUGCCAAUCGCCUCUCGAAAAGAUUAUCUGCAGUAUCUCUGUUAAGAAGACUGUCACACCGAGACAGCACCAGCAAAAUAAGCCAUAUAGUCUCUGACUCGGAGGAAAUGCUUGUUCCUGCUGCUCGGACAAGCACCGCAUCAUCCGUACAAGGGAUCGCAGACAUGGAAGGUAGCAGCACUAUCGAGGGCCAAGACGCGUGUCUUCGAACAGAAUACGAGGGAAAUUUGGGUGACAAUACGAGCUCACGUUAUUCACGUCCAGAGGUAGCUUCGAGAACGGAGGGUGAUAUUACCGUGCUAAAGGACCCUGACAGCACCCAUCCUCUGCCAGAAAAUUCAGACGACCAUGUUGUGGUAGUGAAUAAAGAGGUUGAGCAAACAAAGGACAUGAUUGAAAGGGAAGGCUUGGGUCUUUCAUUGGUCAAACGCCGCCAUACAUUUGAUGGUGUUGACUCUACAUUAAAAGCUGGUCAAGCCAUAGCUCUGACUCAUACGAAGGAGUCGGUUACCAGCAUAAAAGACAAAACCCCGGAGAAGGGGGUCAGUGGAAAGAGCCCUAAAGUGGCUUUAUCGAGCUCACAAUCUCGACAGAGUGCUGGAAAAAAAGAAAGUCUCACAGCUGGAGCUGUUGGGGAUCUACCUAGCCACGUUUCUCCGCUUAUUAUGUCUUACCGUACAAAUGAGUGGGCGAAACAUCUAUCAGACGCGGAUACACCUGACUUUGACACAAUUGACGUGAAUCAAACAGACACCACUCACGGUGAAAUAACAGCUCCUGUGUAUGUGGAGGAGUUGACACAGACUGCUACAACGGCUGCACCGCCUCCUGUAAAAGAGAAACGUGCGUCUCCCACUGAGAACGUGGUGGAAGGUCCAAUUCAUCGAACAUCGUCCAAUGUCAGCAGGCAAUCUACACAUGAGAUUACAUCUAGGCUGUCGCCUAACAUCUAUGUUGAUACUGCGGCUACACACGCAACCAACAUCGCAUCUGGAAGGUCUGCAUCGAAUCCAGACCUAUUGCUUCCCAAUGCAAAUCGAUCGCCACCAUUACACGGCACGCAGAUUGGGUUUCGCAAUUCCUCUACACAGUUCCCGAGCACAUCGCUUACAACGUCGCCUAUAGACGAGAGCCAAGUCGUAAAUUUUGAUAGUCUGCCCAAUGACGGGUCAUUAUCACUGCUGGCACAACGAGAAAGGAUGGUUCAGGCUCGCUUGUCAUCCUUAUCUCUGACUCGUGACUCCUGGACACCACGGUCUCCAUCACGUCAAUCAGUGAACAGUCCGCGAUUACGGCCCGACAGUCAAAUUAGCUUGGCAGAAGACGAUGAGAUGACCCUCGCACAACGGCGGGCUUUACUGCAGGAACGAGCCACAUCACCUAUCAGCGUGAAUGCAGAUGCUCGAAGAUCAGCAGUAGACAUAUAUCCCGUCGCGGCUAGACUUUCAAGAGAGUCAAGAAAUUCGAGCAAGUCCAAGUCUGCAACCAUGGCGGCCUGGCGCGAAUCGAUCCAAGACGAUCUCAGCCGGUCACAUAGCCCCCUAGCUGACGUCGACGUGGCGCGCAAGGAGAUGAUGGAGCAACAACGCAAAGCGCAGAUGGCAAAGAAUCAGCGAGUCUUGGCUUCUGAAAGUCUCGAUAACUCGAUAGCCGAGCGAAUGCGACGAGGAGAGAUGCAGGAUAUCCAUCGCGAAGCCAUGAGACGAAUGCAAGCAGCGGCCAACAAGAAAGUGCGAGAAAACUGAACCCAUUCUCCGCAUUCAUUUACACGAAUAUACCUUUAAUAUUCCCAAAUAUCGAUUCUGGACUCCUUUUUCUGCAUACAACCACGAGACCAUUUCAUGACUGGGACCAACGCUAGUUCUUUUUAGAGUGAUAAUAAUAAUGCAACGUCUAAUGAACCUUUCUGUCACCCUCAGACCGGUCCAAAUGAUCGAGAUCUCGUAUUGACAAAUACUAUUACU